AUGGGCUGCGGUUGUCGGCGAGCCGCGAGAGCCGUGUGUGUUCCAGAGGAGCUGGGCAGGGGGCCAGAGGGGCCUGCUCCUGCCGUCGCUGCUGCCUCUGCUGUCUCUCCUGCUGCUGCUUCUCCCUUUGGAGAAUUUGAUCUGCCGGCAGCGAGCAGCAAUCCUCUGCUGAUAUCAUGUAUACAAACAAUAAACCUAGAUCUGUAUUCCAAUAGGCUAACAGCUGUUAUAACACUACUUUAUUACAGGUUAGGCCUGGUUACCUUGACUCGGCUUGCAUGCUACCUACAGUCCAGUGUUUUUACCAGACAUCGAAAGCUCCUCCUUCAAAUCCUGCUGCCGCACGUCACACGACUUCAUCAGAUUCGUACUCCACCCGUAGCAGCCAUGAUGCAAGAAGGGCUGGACGACGGUCCCGAUUUCCUCUCUGAAGAGGAGAGGGGUCCAAGGGCAGUCAACGUGGAUCUCCAAACUGAUGCAACUUUACAAGUGGAUAUUUCCGAUGCACUUAGUGAGCGUGAUAAGGUCAAGUUCACAGUUCAUACAAAGACCACUCUCCCCAACUUCAAACAGAAUGAGUUUUCUGUUGUACGCCAGCACGAAGAGUUCAUCUGGCUUCACGACUCCUUUGUGGAGAAUGAGGAAUAUGCGGGUUACAUUAUUCCGCCAGCUCCACCACGACCAGACUUCGACGCCUCCCGCGAAAAGCUUCAGAAGCUGGGCGAAGGGGAGGGCUCCAUGACAAAGGAGGAAUUUACCAAAAUGAAGCAGGAGCUUGAGGCUGAAUACCUGGCCAUUUUCAAGAAGACAGUGGCUAUGCACGAGGUGUUUCUGUGUCGGGUGGCUGCUCAUCCUGUCCUGCGCAAAGACAUGAAUUUUCAUGUGUUUUUAGAGUAUAACCAAGAUCUGAGUGUACGAGGCAAGAACAAGAAGGAGAAGCUGGAGGACUUCUUCAAGAAUGUGGUGAAGUCAGCAGACGGCGUGUUGGUGGCCGGAGUGAAGGACGUAGAUGACUUCUUCGAGCACGAGAAGACAUUCCUUAUAGAAUACCAUAACCGGGUUAAAGACGCCUCAGUGAAAUCAGAUAGAAUGAUCAGAUCUCACAAAAGCGCCGCAGACGACAUCAACAGAAUUGCCUCCACAAUGUACAGCAUUGGGACCCAGGAUUCAACAGACAUGUGCAAAUUCUUCCUGAAGGUGUCGGAGCUCUUUGAGAAAACACGGAAAAUUGAGGCACGUGUAGCAGCUGAUGAGGACCUGAAACUUGCUGACCUGUUGAAGUACUACCUCAGGGAGUCACAAGCUGCAAAGGACCUUUUGUAUAGACGGGGGAGGGCGCUUGUUGAUUACGAAAACGCAAACAAAGCUCUCGACAAAGCAAGGGCUAAGAACAAAGAUGUUCUUCAAGCAGAAACCUCCCAGCAGUUGUGCUGUCAGAAAUUUGAGAAAAUUUCCGAGUCAGCCAAACAAGAAUUGAUAGAUUUCAAGACAAGACGAGUAGCAGCCUUCCGGAAGAAUUUGGUGGAGCUGGCAGAGCUGGAGCUCAAACACGCCAAGGGUAAUCUUCAACUGUUGCAAAGCUGUCUCGGGGUCCUAAAAGGAGAUACUUAAAGACUGAACUGAUGGUUGAUGGUGCAGGCAUCCUCCCCACUUGUUGGCUUCUUUUUCCCUCCAGAAGAUGAGGGGAAGAGAGAGAAAGAGAGAGAGAGCAUAUCUUAUAAGGGAGGGCACUUCUUCCCUGAAGGAUGUCUUGUUAGUCACCACUACCAGAGACACCAUAAUCCCUCCACUUAUUCCCCUAUUCAAAGUGCGGAGGCCCUUGGUGAGAAGUCUCCACUUGCCCACACAGCACAAGAACCUAUCAAGGAAGGAAAAAAAAAAAGUCUAAUCACGUCUGUUUUUAAAGUUGUUAUAAAAUGUAAUUUCUUCAUGGGGUUGGCUCUGUCAAUGUCACCUUCAUUCUUUUUUUUUUUUUUUUUUUGGUGUUUUUUUUGGGGGGUGGGGGGGGGGGUGUAAUUUUUUUGUCCAUUUUUUUUCCAUUUUUUUUAUGUUUGCUUAGUGUAAUCAUCAAAGCAGUUAGUUUUGGUAAUCCUCUCUGUGAUGCUGCUCAUGUACCUUGUAAGAAAGAACGAAAGAAAAAAAGAAAAAAGUUGAGCUGAUUGUUACUAUUAUUAAAAGUGUAUUGUCACUAAAAAGCCUUGUAUAUGUUGUAUUAGUUUUCACUGUACGGUUCAUGAUCAUCAUAAUCACACUAAUAGUUUUGAUACAUUUAAGUAAAUUUUCAUAUAAAGUGUAUCUCUUCUGUUUAUUUUCAUUCCAUAGCAGUAAUGCAUUAUUAUGUUUGCCUUAAAUUGUAGAUUUAACCAUAUCAGAUAUUGUUUUUAAAAAUCAUAAAUGGAUAAAUUUGUUCUGUUGUCCCCCGAUAUUUUUAAAAGUGCACUGUAUAUGAAUGUUUUUUUCACACUAUGUGACCAAAGCUUCCAUUAAUUGAAAUGGAGGAAUGCUGAUAUACAAACAGUAACAAUAAAGAAAUAACCAACAA